GCGAUUUAGUCGUGUUUUUAAGCAGCAGGUUGCGGAUCGUCAUCGUCCAUUUCGUUCCCCGGCUCCGUGAACAUGAAAGUAAAAGUCUUCGCCGGCGCAACGACUCUCGGUUCUCGUUCUUAAUUAAUUGACGAAAUUACACUCUUCCGAGUUGAAGUGAAACGACAAAGUGACAAAGUGCCAGCAGAUUUUCAGACAUCAACGGAAAGUUCUCUAAUUUCCUGCCCGCCGCGUGAAUACAAAAGCCACAAGAUGACGGCCACGGGAGAGCCAGCCGCCCGCGAGGACUCCUCUGUCGGAGGUCCUCCAGCGAUUAUCACCACACCGACCACCAUUUUGGCCCCCUCACCCAUACCUGUCCACAGCGAUGUACCCAUGCCGAAUGCCAAUGGCAGUGGCAAUGGAUCCGGAAACCACAAGAGCACCAUCGUCAUAGAGAGCCAGCCCAAGCGACGGGUCAGCAUUAUUUCGGAUCCGCCUGUAAUCGGAGGCGGAGGUUCCGGAUACGAUAAUCCCGCCUAUGAGCAGAACCCCAGGCGGAAAAUUUCACAGACCUCCACACACUCGCACUCGGAUAUCGGACCGGCGCGAAGGAAGAGCAUUCUGAAGGAACCAGUGCCCCACGCCAAUGAAAGCGAUAGUGGUUCAACGCAUAGUUAUGAGAACUAUCGACAAAAUGCUCUGGACGUGCUCAAUGCCAAGUACAAUGGCCACCAGAUGGGCCACAACUCCGGAGGAGACAGCAAUGGUGGAGCCAACUAUGUGGAGGAAUCCUGGAUGUACACAUUCUGUCUCAAGUGCCGCGGCGAGGAGCCAUCCGCUUCCUGGGAGCCGCCCUUCUGGCAGAAGAUCUUCCCCUACCCGCUCUGUCCCACUUUCAGGACUGUUUCCCGAUUAAUUUCAUUAAUUUUGAUUGGUGUCCUCAUUUGGAUCACAGCCUUUGUGAUCAUUGGCGACUCGGCUGCCCCUGGAGGACAGCUCUUUGGUCUCGUCGUUCUCACUGUGGCCGCCAACUUUGGUGGCUACCUGAUAUCGCUGACUACCCUUCCCCGACUAAUUGGCAUGCUCCUUGUGGGCAUUCUCUUCCAGAACGUUGGCUGGGUGAAUCUCGAUGGUGACUUCUCCAAGGUGACGGCUCACCUGCGCAAAUUCGCGCUGACCAUCAUCCUGACUCGAGCUGGUCUCGAGAUGGAGCCGGAGGCCUUCAAGAAAGUGUACAAAACCAUCCUCAAGCUGGGCAUCAUUCCGUGGUGCGUGGAGGCAGUUGUCAUGGCGGUGAUGUCUCACUUCCUGCUCGAUCUUCCCUGGAUCUGGUCCUUCCUGCUGGGCUCCAUCAUUGCGGCCGUUUCGCCAGCUGUGGUUGUGCCCUGCCUGUUCCGACUGCGCACCAAGGGCUACGGCGUGGCCAAGGGCAUUCCCACCCUGGUGGUGGCCGUGGCCGGUGUGGAUGAUGCGCUCUCAGUGGCCAUCUUUGGCAUUAUCAGCACGGUGAUGUUCUCCGACAAGGGACUGGGCUACCAGAUUGCCCAGGCCCCCGUUUGCAUCCUGGGUGGUCUGGGUUUUGGCGUCGUCUGGGGAACACUGGCACGUAUCUUCCCUGAGAAGGGUGAUGCCUAUGUGGUGCCCUUGAGGACGCUGCUCCUUUUCACCGGCGGCCUGAUGGCCAUCUACGGCAGCGAAGAACUGGGCUUCGAGGGAGCUGGUCCCUUGGCCGUGGUAUUCUCGGCGUUCGUCUCCAACCUCUUCUGGUGCAAGGAUGGCUGGGACGUCGAGGACAACCCGGUGUCCACCGCCUUCGAAAUCUUUUGGAUGAUCUUCGAACCGAUCCUGUUCGGCUUGACCGGCGCCACCAUCAAGAUUCGCGAGCUGGACUCGCACACAGUAUCGGUGGGAGCGGCCUGCAUCUUCACGGGCGCCAUUAUCCGCAUCCUGACCACCGCUGGCAUAGCCUUCGGCGACCGGCUCAACACCAAGGAGAAGUUCUUCGUGGGUCUCUCCUGGAUGGCCAAGGCCACCGUGCAGGCUGCUCUUGGACCCGUGGCCCUCAAGCAUCUGGACGAGAACUCUACCGAUGACGAACGUAACUGGGCGAACAUCGUGCAGACCAUCUGCGUAUUCAGUAUCGUCCUGACCGCUCCGCUCGGCGCCAUCCUGAUCUCCGUGACGGGCACCAAGCUGCUGACCAAGACCAAACAGCCGCAGGAUCUCACUGGCUGGCGUCGUAGCCACCGGCCUUCCAUCCGCGACAUCAGCAUCAUUGACGAGGAGGAGGAGCGCGAGGACCCUGAGAUUCCCGAGGACAAGGAGACGCACGACAACACGCUCAACAACGCCCACAUACCCACCAUCUCCUACACCUACAACACAUAGGCCAAGACCAAGCCCAAGAUCAUGUUGAUUGUUUUCUUAUUGUACAUUAGACUAAGUGGACUUUUCAUUCCGAAUGAAGUAAAUAAAUAAGUUUAAAAACAA